CUAAUCGAUCCACGAAAUUUAAUUUGCACCAAUUUAUCUGGAUUGUAACAAAAAUAUCCUGUGUGAUUCAAAUUCAGUAGCUAAGUUUUUGAAAUUUGAAGUGACCAGUGCGUGCUAAUGUCCCUAGUUUCGACAAAUGUAUAUUUGUCUGAUCACAUAAAAUGUACUACAUACCAUAUUAUAUAGUUUUACUGGUAUCUUUUGGAUAUGUAACUGGGCAACCGGGAAGAUGUGAUCAGACCCCUCUUCAAGCGAAGGUGCUGGAGCCUUCCAAAGAUACAGGCAUAUUUCGACUGGAUAUACAGAACACACCAGGACGAGCUGAAAAAACUUACUACUCCCCAGACCAAACUUAUGUCCUAACAAUACGUACGACGGUCCCUGAGAAAACGUUCAAAUGGUUCAUGAUAACGGCUGAAGAUCCCGAGGUGGACAAUAAUAUCUUCGAGUUCAGUCAUAAGAACAUAGAUGUUGGAACUUUGAAAACUCUGGACAUUAAUAAAUCUCGUUACAGUGAGAGAUGUUCAAGUUCCGUCGAAAAUGCUGAUAAUUCUUUCAAGAGUGACGUAGAGAUCCACUGGGUAUCACCAAAGCAAAGUUCUAAAAAUCAAACAGUGCGGAUCCGGGCCAUGGUUGCUGAGAACGAUGAAGUAUGGUACACAGGAGACAACCUUACUGUUGUGCUGUACAAAAACACUGACAAAGCCCUCGAUAGUCCGCCUUUUCCUCCAUCGAAACAUUGCAACCUUUGCAGCGAAGCUAGGUACGAGGUGAUAUUCUAUGGAAAAUGGUCACGCGUGGCUCAUCCACGUCACUACCCGAGCAAGCCAGACGACAAUGGAUAUAGCCACAUGGUCGGCUGUUCACACGUAUACAACUACUCUUUAUGGCAGCAAGGAAUCAAUGCUAGCGAUGGAUUGAAGAUAUUAGCAGAAACUGCUGACAGUUCUGUGCUUGAAAGAGAAAUUAUCUCACAGAUGAGUGAAAGAUCAGGCACCAGAACGCUCAUUAGAGGAAAGAGACGCCAUCAUCCUUAUAUGUCAGAACCCUCUCAUGCUCUCUUCAGGGUCGAUAGGUUCCACCAUCUGUUCUCCAUUGCUGUGGGCAUGAGACCUUCACCGGACUGGUUUCUAGGCACUUCCAAGUUUGAGCUGUGCACCGAUGAGGGUUGGCUGGAAGAAGAAGAGAUUCCUUUGUACCCAUGGGAUGCUGGCACUAUGGAUGGGAUUUCUUAUGAGUCCCAACCAACAGUCUCCACUCCCAGGGACAACGUGGAGAGGGUAGAAGUGGGCUCCUUUAACGUGGACUCUCCCUUCUAUCAGAUAAAUUUGAACGAUUUACCACCAUUCGCCAAGCUGAAGGUCAGGAGACUAGAUGUGUUCCCGCUGAUUGGAGCUGAAUGUAGCGAGGAGGCUGCAGAAAAAGAGGAAGAAGAGAAGCUUGAGGAGAAAGAGGAAGAUGCGGAAGAGGAGGUACAAGAAGAACCAGUGGUGGGUGAGGUCAAGCAGAGCUUUGCUCAUGAAGAUAGGUGUUCCAGAAGUGAGUGGGGUGCCUGGUCUCCUUGUAAUCCCAACAAUGGCAAUUGUGGCGCUGGCUUCAGAUCAAGAACUCGGCGUCCAUUGGAAAAGAACAUUUAUAAUGAAAAUUAUGAUUAUCAAGAUAAUGUACAAGUGCAGCCGCUGAGCAGAAACUGUGAAGAUCAAGAUACUAAGUCUGUUGAAUACCAGGAUUGUUUUAUCGACUGUUAUUAGAACGGGCGCAUAAUAAAAUUGCUAGCUAUAUCGAUAGA